UCCACCAGUACCAGGACAAGAAGGAAGCAGCAUCACAGAUGAAGCAUGGUUGCUUGGAAGAGAAGCAAAAGCCAGCAGAAUCUCGAGAUUCUCCCUGGAUCCUGAGGACCAGGCGCCCAGACAAGCUGCGAGAUGCUCUCAAGGAGGCAGAGGACUUGAUGCAGAGCGGUCAAUGUGUACUGAGCAAGUGGAAGAGCAAACAGAUCUGCCAGCUCCUCUUUCACUCAGGUGUCUUGGUGUCCCUAAGCCUUUCUGGGCCACAGCUGGAGAAAGUGGUGAUUGACAGGACCCUGGUGGGGAAGCUCAUCUCCGACACCAUCAGCGAUGCUGUUCUUACAGACAAUUUCCUCAUCUUGUCGUUUGAGGACUGCAACCAGCUCUGCUUUAUUCAGUUUGCGAAGAAGGUGGAUUCUGCUGACAUCAGCAGGAGACUGGAGAAGCUCUCCUCUUUGGACUGGAAGGUUUCAUACACUGAUAUACUUGGACCAGAAGCUAGAAGGGUGAAACGUCGCCUGACGAUAAACUGUACGCAAGACAUGGUCAUUUGCUGGUGGUCAGCAGCUACUGAUGGAGCAUGGCCUUGGUCUCCUAUUUCCUGUGAGAGGGACAGAGCCAACCUCUUUCUUUUAGGCUGUGCACAUGGCAAAUUGGAGGUGCUGAGUUACGUCCGCACGGAGUGGGACCCCCUGGCUGUUGGCUUCAGCAGGAGCCAGCCUCAGCAGGUGUACACUGUGGAGUGCUCCCUCUCUGCAGACAAGGAGCCCAUGGCUGACAUCUGCCUCUACAAGUGCCUCAGGAACAAACUGCAGUGUGUGGCAGUCACCAGGAUACCGCUGCCAGCCAAGGCCAUCAGCUGCUGCAGAGAUGUUACAGAGGACAAAGUGGUCCUGGGCUGUGCGGAUUCCUCACUAGUCCUCUACGAAGCUUACAACCAAGUGACUCUGUUGGCCCGAGCAGAGCUGCUGCCUGCUUCCAUCGCCUGCCACCCUUCUGGAGCUGUGCUGGUGGUGGGCAGCUCUCAGGGGGAGCUGCAGCUGUUUGACACUGCGCUGUCCCCACUUAAAAUUCAGCUCCUGGCACAAGAAUAUUCCCCCGAGGCCACUCUGCAGUUCAGCAAGCACUUUGAUGUGCCUAGCAGCCUCAUCCAGAUCCAGUGGGCUGCUCCUCAGGUUCCACCUGCCAGCACUGAUGGCACAGAUGUUCAUGAUCUGCUGUUGGUUAGAUUUGACAAAGGACCCUUGGGAGUGCUUCACUUCAAACUUGGUGUGGUGACCAGAGGCCAGCUGGGCCCUGUGGAGAUCAUCCAGCAGUACAUCCGUUACGAUGAGAUGCAGGAGGCAGUCAGUCUCCUGAACACCAUGAACUGGAACACAAUGGGCCCCCAGUGUUACAUCUGCUUGACUGCCAUUGUCAAUCACCUCCUCAAACAGAAGCUGACACCAGACAGAGAAGCACAGCUCCAGGCAAGCCUUGGAACCUUUUAUGCUCCAACAAGACCCCUCUUGGAUUCAACCGUGCUGGAGUACAGGGACCCCGUCAGCAGAUAUGUAAGAAGGUUCUUCCACCACCUGCUCAGGUACCAGAGGUUUGAAAAAGCUUUUCUGCUGGCUGUGGACAUAGGUGCUCGGGACCUGUUCAUGGACAUCCACUACCUUGCGCUAGAUAAGGGCGAAUUGGCACUAGCUGAAGUGGCAAAGAAAAAGGCUAAUGACAUUGAUGCAGAAUCAAUAACGACUGGAAUUGAACUGCUGGGGCAGUCAGAUGAGGAAGACCCACCUCCUGAAGCUUCCAUUGCCCCAUCUCCAGAGCGUGGAGGACAGUGCCACUCAGCUGCUCCCAGCCUGGCCACCAGACCACCCCUGCAGAGCUGCUCCCAGAGACCCAGCAGCCACAGACACCUGGAGGACACCGAGCCCAGAGGCGAUGGCCGUGCUGCCUCCCCGAAGGGAAAACCCUUUCCCAGCAGCCAGGAAGGAAAUUUGAGAGCAGUUCCUCUGGAGCAGGAGCCCGGAGACAGCGGGGCUCUCAAAGUGGUGCACUUCGGGCUGGUGUGACUGAGCUGCCAAGGCGAGGGAGGGGAAACGUCACCGAGGUGGUGAAGUUCACAGAAAGUCCUUCAGCGAACUUCCAUCUAAUCCUGGAUCCCAUCGCUUCUGCUAGCAGAAGACAAAACG